CCUUUUCAAUCUUAUACCCUGCAGCAACUCUCAUCCACCCAUUUCUCUAAAUUUCCUACAUUUUUUUCUUUAAAAAAUUUCAGUUUCUCCUUCUCUUCACAAAUCAAAAUGCGUGAGAUCCUUCAUAUUCAAGGUGGCCAGUGCGGCAACCAGAUCGGAGCGAAGUUCUGGGAAGUGGUUUGCUCAGAACACGGCAUAGAUCCCACCGGUCGUUACCAAGGAGACUUGGAUCUUCAACUCGAGAGAAUCAAUGUCUACUACAAUGAAGCCAGUUGUGGUAGAUUCGUUCCUCGUGCCGUCCUCAUGGAUCUUGAACCCGGUACCAUGGACAGCAUCAGAUCUGGUCCCGUCGGCCAGAUCUUCCGACCCGAUAACUUUGUUUUCGGUCAGUCCGGUGCUGGUAACAACUGGGCUAAAGGCCAUUACACUGAAGGUGCUGAGUUAAUCGACUCUGUCUUAGAUGUUGUUCGAAAAGAGGCCGAAAACUGUGAUUGCCUUCAAGGGUUUCAGGUUUGUCAUUCUUUGGGAGGAGGAACUGGAUCUGGAAUGGGAACACUUUUGAUAUCGAAGAUAAGGGAAGAAUACCCAGAUAGGAUGAUGUUGACCUUCUCUGUUUUCCCAUCUCCUAAGGUCUCUGAUACCGUCGUGGAGCCUUACAAUGCUACUUUGUCAGUUCAUCAGUUGGUUGAAAACGCUGAUGAGUGCAUGGUUCUCGAUAAUGAGGCCUUGUAUGAUAUUUGUUUCAGGACACUUAAGCUCACCACUCCCAGCUUUGGUGAUCUGAAUCACCUGAUAUCUGCAACAAUGUCUGGGGUUACAUGCUGCUUACGAUUCCCUGGUCAGCUCAACUCUGAUCUAAGGAAACUUGCUGUGAAUCUCAUCCCAUUUCCUCGGCUUCAUUUCUUCAUGGUGGGUUUUGCUCCACUCACUUCAAGAGGCUCCCAACAGUACAGAGCCCUGACAGUUCCUGAGCUAACUCAGCAAAUGUGGGAUGCAAAGAACAUGAUGUGUGCAGCUGAUCCACGACAUGGCCGAUACUUGACUGCAUCGGCUAUGUUCCGUGGCAAAAUGAGCACUAAGGAAGUGGAUGAGCAAAUGUUGAAUGUUCAGAACAAGAACUCUUCCUACUUUGUUGAGUGGAUUCCUAACAAUGUGAAGUCAACAGUUUGUGACAUUCCACCCACAGGCCUCAAGAUGGCAUCCACAUUUAUCGGCAAUUCAACAUCCAUUCAGGAGAUGUUUAGGCGUGUAAGUGAGCAGUUUACAGCUAUGUUUAGGAGGAAGGCUUUCUUGCAUUGGUACACAGGAGAAGGCAUGGAUGAGAUGGAGUUUACUGAGGCAGAGAGCAACAUGAAUGAUCUGGUCUCAGAGUAUCAGCAAUACCAAGAUGCAACAGCCGAUGAAGAUGAGUAUGAGGAAGAGGAAGCGGAGUACGAGGAUUAGGAAGGAAAAACUUUAUGCCAGUUAGGCAAAUACUAAUCUCAACUUCCAGUUGCUGAAAGAAAUAGUCAUUAUGCUGUGACUGUUGUUGCAUUUAUGUUUCUAAGUGAACUUUUUUCUUGAGCUUUUCAUGCUCAAUACUUAGCAAAGCAUGCGCAGUUUAUGUACUCUACUCCUUUUAAGUUUCUAAGUAACUUUUUUUGUUUCA